UAGAAAGGCACUGUACUAAUAUAUAUACGCUUUUCUUAAAUCCAUAAUAAGACCUAGCCGCUUCUCAUUUUCUUGUCUCUUAAACCCUGAAACUUUGUUUUCAUCAGAUAUAUCUGACGUUAUCUGCACAAAUGGCAUUCUGCAACAAACUUAGGGGUCUUUUGAGGCAGAGCAUUUCCAUAAGCGGCAAUGCAUUGAAUGCACAAGCACCAGCUGUGUCAAUGCUUAAUGCCAUGCGUUGCAUGUCAACAAAGCUUUUCAUUGGGGGUCUUUCAUAUGGAACUGAUGAUCAAUCUCUGAAGGAUGCAUUUGCCAGCUUUGGUGAUGUUGUCGAUUGUGAGUUCCGAGCUAUCUUGAGUCUGGCUGUUCUUUAAUUUCAAUCAUUUUUA